AACAGGACUCCGACGCCAGUAAUUGACAACGAAGGCCAUAUCAUAGCAAUGCUUGCUGGGCAGCCAAAAUCCACCCCUGACUCAUCUGCUAAGGGGAAAAAGGCCUACAGCGAGGCUAUAGAGGAAGUAACGUCCCUAUUCGAUCGACUUCAAAACCUACUACCUCCCAUCCGAAGCGUUCUCACAUGGCUUCCUAAAGGGAGGCUUCCUCGAAGAGGCCUCUACCACGCUGCUACAACUGGGAUUUCCUACGGCGGAGGGCAGCAGAGUCCCCAAAGCCUUGCCAUACCAAAAAUAUAUCAACCAGCUGUGAAAUCAAUUCUGGAAAACGAGGGGAUGGGUAGAAUAGCAGGCUUUCAGUGGGCCUCUUUCAAAUUAUUUUCUCCUAAGAUUCAUGGAAUCUAUGAGCACUACUUAGACAUGCUCUAUGCAGAAUACCCGGAGCAAAAAAGGCCGUGGAAAAGUAGUAAAAUGCCUGCCUGUACUUUCAAUUUGGGUCCAGGCACUGCCACCUACCCCCACAAGGAUGCUGCCAACCUUGCCUGGGGCUGGUGCUUUGUCACAGCCCUAGGCCACUUCGAUCAUGUCAAAGGGGGACACAUUGUUCUUUGGGAGCUUGGCCUAGUGAUCGAGUUUCCUGCUGGAUCUACAGCCCUCAUACCUUCUGCAGUUGUCACUCACUCCAAUGCAGGCGUCCAGGAGGGGGAGAUCAGAUAUUCAUUCACCUCCUAUGCAGCUGCUGGGCUGUUCUCUUGGGUAUAUAACGGCUUUCGCUCUGAUGCUGAUAUUAGUAACGACCCAGCAGUAUCCCAGAAGGAGAAGGAGGAUCGAGCAGAGGAAAGACGCAGUCGAUGGAAAGAGGCUUUGAAGCUAUGGCCUCAUCUAUAUAGCCUGUAA